AUAUUUGAUUUUAGCAACAGACAAUAGAAUAAUAAAAGUAUUGCAAACAUAACUGUUUAAUCCAAAGAAUAUUUAUAAAGCAAGUAGUUAAAGCAAAAUUACACCAUAAUUUCCAAAUUAACCCUGGUUUACGGUACUAAAUUUAGAGGAUAACUUUUGAUAAAAGUAUGGGUGACUCAGCAGGAAAAGUAAUUGUAUGCAAGGCAGCAGUAGCAUGGGCGCCAAAUGAAGCAUUAAAAAUUGAAGAGAUUGAAGUAGACCCGCCUAAAUCUGGAGAAGUUCGUAUUAAAAUCAUUGCUACUGGUGUUUGUCAUACUGAUGCUUAUACUUUGAGUGGAGCUGAUCCUGAAGGUGUUUUUCCAGUAAUACUUGGACAUGAAGGUGGUGGUAUUGUUGAAAGUGUUGGUGACAAUGUUACAUCAGUAAAACCAGGUGAUCAUGUUAUUCCAUUGUACAUUCCACAAUGUUAUAACUGUAAAUUUUGCAAAUCUACAAAAACUAAUCUCUGCAGUACAGUUAGAGCAACACAAGGGAAAGGUUUGAUGCCUGAUGGUACAAGUAGAUUUCGUUGUAAUGGAAAAGAAAUUUACCAUUUUAUGGGCUCAAGCACUUUUACAGAAUAUACUGUUUGUGCUGAAAUUUCUGUGGUGAAAAUAAAUGAGUCAGCUCCAUUGGAUAAAGUUUGUUUACUAGGAUGUGGAAUAUCUACGGGUUAUGGUGCUGCAAUAAAUACUGCUAAGGUUGAACAUGGUUCAACUUGUGCUAUUUGGGGUGUAGGAUGUGUUGGUUUGGCGACUAUAAUGGCUUGUAAGGAACUUGGAGCUUCAAAAAUAUUUGCUAUUGAUAUAAAUGGUGAAAAAGAAAAAGUUGCUAAAGAAUUUGGAGCAACUGAUUUUAUAAAUCCCAAUAACUUAACAAAACCUUUACAGGAGGUAUUAUGUGAACUUACAGAUGGUGGAUUAGAUUAUACCUUUGAAUGUGUUGGUAAUGUAAAUACUAUGCGUGCUGCUUUAGAGUGUUGCCACAAAGGUUGGGGUGUUUCAACGAUUAUAGGUGUUGCAGCUUCUGGUCAAGAAAUUAGUACUAGACCUUUUCAGUUGGUUACUGGGCGUGUUUGGAAAGGCUCAGCAUUUGGAGGAUGGAAAAGUAAAGACAGUGUUCCAGUUCUUGUUGACAAAUAUAUGUCUAAAGAAUUAAAAAUUGAUGAGUUUAUAACCCAUCAUUUUAAAUUAGAACAAGUCAAUGAUGCAUUUACAGCUAUGAAAGAUGGAUAUUGCAUUCGCUCAAUAAUCAACAUGUAAUUUAUCUCUGGUGUCGAUUGUGUAAACGCGUUUUAUGGAACUGCAUAAAUUACUUGACGAGCUCUGUUUUUCAUUUCAUCUUCUUAAUGUCUCAGUGUUUUCAAUUCAUCUUUUUGGUUAUUUCCAAGGUUUGAUCUUGUCGGAUAAAAAUCAUUUUUUAGAAACUAGUUAUUGUGUUGCUGUUUGUGUAAAGCAAUUAAUUUUUAUUUUAUUUUAUGUUAAGUUGAAGAAUAUAAUUUUUUCUAA